AUCUAAACAGCAGCGUAAAGCAGAGACGGCCGGAGGAUGAAGCAGCCGGAGCAUCUUCAUCAUCCAUCCGAGCCAGGCGCACGUAUCCGGCGGUGGGAGGGAGAAGAAAAGUCAAAAUAGCAGUGUGUGGCGGGUGCAUGAGAGAAUUGUGAUAAAUUGAGACUGUCGGGGGGGUAUUGUGUGGCUCCGCACCGGAUCAGUCUGCUUGACAGCCAGGCAGCAACGCAGCGCCAGACAGCACGACGCUGUUUUCUACCAUCCACUGAGGAGCAUCUGCUCGCUGAUAAACUGGGGCUGAUCAUGGGUUUUUCCUUUUGGUAAUACUGCCUGAGCUGCAACACAAACGCCGCCUGCACCUGUAGAAAAAAAAUAAUAGUAUCAUGGGUUCCAGACUGAGCAGGCAGAGCAGCCUGGACAAUGAGAAUUUCUCCAAAAAGCGACGCAAGCUUCUGGAUAGCACCGGAGAGAGCGACAGGGGCAGUCGGGGCGGCGGGGACUUUCUGUUUGCACUGAUGCUGAAAUCAGACAAACUGCCUGGGAUGCUGCGGAGGACCAACCACAGCCCGUACAUGAGGCGAGUGGCGUGGAUCAAAGAGAUACAGAAGCUGCUCCGUGACCGCAGGAUAGAGCAGGCAACCGACGUGCUCAAAUUACUGAGGAAGGAUCUGGGUUUGGAAGGCACCUCGCUCAAUGACAUCUUGUAUAAAAACGCUGCCUUCCUCAACCUCGUGGACCCAAUCUCCCACGAGCUGCUGCUCAGCCUGGCUCGAGAGAUGCAGUGUCCUAAGAAGGACGCAGACACCAUAAAGUCUUCUGAUAAGAUUUGCAGACAGCUGAUCUACCACCUGACCCCGCACUCAAAGUGGCUGAGGCAGAGCAUGUCCAGACGGAAAUCCCAGGCCUGUCUCAAGACAACCCUACAGAAAAAACUGUCCAGUGACACUGUCGACUUGUCCGGCAUCCCUCUGUCCACUCGUGACGUCCGUCAAGUGGCCUUCUACCUCCAAAACAACAGAGACAGUGUGGUGGCUGUGGACAUCAGCUUCACCGAACUCCAGGACGAGAACUUGAGGCUUCUCCUGCCUCUUCUCGCCUCGCUGCCCAAACUCGGCACCCUGGCUCUCAACGGCAACCGCCUCACCCUGGCUAUCCUCAAAGACCUCACCGAGAUGCUCAAAGACCCCAAGAAGUUCUCCAGUCUGGCCUGGAUCGACCUGGGCAACAACGUGGAUAUUUUCACCAUGCCCCAGCCGCUGCUAGUUGCGUUGCGUAGGCGGUGCAGCCUGAAGAGCAGUUUACCAACCAUCUACGAGUACACAGAGGGCCAACCUUACUGCUACCACCUGGAGACUUCUAUCGAGGAGCCCAGCCACUACGAGGAGGAAGAGGAGGAGGAGGAAGAGGCGGAGGAUGAUGAGGAUGACAUGGGGAACAAAUUCGAGCUGGAGCCGUGGGGUUUAGGGGAGAAGCAGCUCUCCAAAGACUUCACCCUUCACUACUGUGAGAGGUGAUGGGGUAUUUGCUCUCUGAGGCUCUUUCAACUGUGGUUGAAAUGUCUUCCCACAGCACUCCGUUACUUCCUUCGCCCUCUCGCCCUCACACCACGAGCCCAGUCACCCUUCGAGGCACGAGGGAGACCGGUGCCCACAUUGUGAACUUCUCGUCCCGACACGGCUAUCAAGCUAUUCCUAACCAUCUCUGAGUUAACCCACACAAGAUAGUGACAGUCACAACAGUGGACUUACUGUGUUGGUGGAUGGUGCUCUUGGGAACAAGGUGCGGUUUCAUUGGAGGGGGGCUGGAAGAGUUAAUGAACCGGUGCUCUCUCUCUCUCUCUCCCCCCCUAUCUCUCUCUCUCUCUCUCUCUCUCUCUCUCUCUCUCACUCACUCUCUCUCUCUGUGAUAGUGGCAGCUGAGGAGCCAGUCCCAAGGAGAUUUAGAUCAGUUGGUUGGAUGGAGGAGCAGCAUCCCUGCGGUGGCUGAAGUGGAACUCGAGUUAGUUUGGAAACAGUGGGUCCCUCUGGGUUCUCUACCAGGACUGAGAGUCUCUCUGGCAGGCAGGGCCUAGCUCCACAUUGUGUGUUCUCUGUUAAUCUCUCAACAAAAGCUAUGACACAAGUUCAACAGACUAUACAGCCGACGACCUGUCACGUGACGCCGGCAAAACUGCUAGGUCAAGACUUUUUGCGUUUUCCCCCCCUUUCCAAAUGUCCACUUGUGAAUACCCACGCAGCCCUUGUGUAGAUGUAAAUGAGGACACAAAACAUGGCUCUGUUGUGUUUCCACAAGCUAUUUUUGUGCACUUUUGGUGAACAAAGCAAUCUUAGAAGACAACAGGUAGGACUCAACAAUGGAUAGCUGUCACCGAUUGUUUUUUGUACUUGCCUAAAUGCUGAUAUUCACCUCUUUGUAAUUAUUGAGCUGUUGUAGUCAUCACCACAGUGUUUCAGUGCAUUUAUGACACUACAGCCAACUGUUAAUAUGGACCACUAAGUCUGUGCCGUGCCCAAACUGCCCUUCCUACUGCCGUUUGUCUCUAAAAAUAUGUCGCCAUUUCCAUUUAUUGAAAUUCAGUGGCCAUGUGUUUGUUCUGAGACACAGCUAUGACUGUUAUUUAUUGGUUAUAGUCCGUCUACAGUAGCACAUGAUUAAGUUAGACUGACCGAAACACUGCAAUGCACUUUAAGACACUAUUCUUUUUAUAUUUCAGUUUCUCCAUACCAUAUACUCUGUGUCUGUGUGUAACUAGAGAUAUUUGCAAAGCAGAAGCUGAACGCAUACCUCUUCAAGGUUAAAUGAUGACCAAAUGGCUCAUGAUUGUUAGAAGGACCAUUAAAAACAACAUCACCAGAUAUAUAAUAAAUGUGUAAGUGUGUGUUAUACGUGUUUGUAACUGUUAAAUGUCUGAUUAUUGCUGUAAUUAUUUGUGUUAUUGUUUUGGUGUUUCGUCUCUUGUCCGACUGGGUAAUUAUAAUAAUGACUCUAAUGACUAUGAAACUGAGCCCAGUGACCUCCUGCUGUAAGCUUGAACAGUAAACAGAAGGGGAUGUGGCGGAUGGGAUUACACAACAAAACAGAAAAUAGUUCAGUAAAUGUAACUUACAAUCAGAGCGGACACCUUUAAUGUUGAAUGUUUAAUCUGAAUAAUGGAGAGCACUGUGCUCUUGGUUUGUAGUUUUCGUUUCGUGUGUCAACGUCAAACUCGUCCCUGUUGUAGCCUGUGUGUAAUUGUCUCAUGCCAAACACUGACUGCCAAUAAAAGAACCAAUCCAAAC